GCUCUUGUUUAUUUUUUUUUUAAUUGGAAGUAACAUUUAACUAACCGCUUAAUUAGGUCGGAUUCUUCGCUGACCGAUGUUCUUCCUUUCUUCAUCCCUAAGUCGAAUAACAAAUUCGAUUGGUUCACCGACCAAACCCAAAUUUCUGUCACUUCCUUUUAUUUAAGCAUCACAAUCCCACCAUUUUCCCGAUCGUCAUUUUUUGUUCGUUUGAAAACCCAAUAAAUUGAUCGGCAUAUUUUAGCGAACAAUGUUAGAUCCUGAGCUUUUCCGUAUUGCGCAAGAGCAGAUGAGUCGCAUGUCUCCUUCUGAAUUGGCUAACAUCCAACAACAGAUGAUGUCGAAUCCGGAGUUGCUUAAAAUGGCCUCGGAAGGGAUGAAGAAUAUAGGGCCAGAGGAUUUAAGGAUGGCUGCGGAGCAAAUGAAGCAUGUUCCCCCUGAAGAAAUGGCUCAGAUUGGUGAGAAGAUGGCACGUGCGUCUCCAGAAGAAAUUGCAUCAAUGCGUGUUCACGCUGAUGCUCAAAUGACUUAUGAGUUGAAUGCUGCCGAAAUGCUUAAGCAACAGGGAAACAAACUUCACAGUCAGGGAAAGUAUCAAGAAGCUGCACAGAAGUACUUAAGAGCCAAAAACAAUCUAAAGGGGCUUCCAGUUGCCAGAGGCAGAGCAUUACAGUUAGCAUGCUCACUUAAUCUGAUGUCAUGUUACUUAAAAACAAGACAAUAUCAUGAUUGUGUGAAAGAAGGCUGUGAGGUUUUGGCUUAUGAUGAAAGGAACGUUAAGGCUCUGUAUCGUAGGGGUCAAGCAUAUAAAGAAUUAUGUCAGCUAGAGAAUGCUGUUUCUGAUCUGGGAAAGGCGCAUGAAUUUUCCCCUGAUGAUGAGACAAUUGCUGAAGUUUUCAGGGAGGCCAGAAAAAGCCUAGGAAAAGAAGGUAUGCUUCGAGCAUCAACGGGGUUGGUCAUUGAAGAAAUUACUGAAGAAGUUGAAGAAGUGUCAGCUGCAAGAGAUAAAUUUCAAGAUAGUUCAGUGACACAGCCUGUGCAAAGCAGUAGGCCAUCUGAAGAUCAGUCAGAUACUGUUAAUAAGAGACCAACUACAGAAUCAGAGUGUUUGCAAGCGUUAAAAGAGGAUCCCGAUACAAUCAGAUCAUUCCAGAAUUUUGUUUCCCGUGCUGAUCCCGAAUUUCUGGCCCGAAUGAAUCCUGGAGAAACUGAAAAGAUUCCUGCUGACAUGUUGAAGACGGCAUCAAAUAUGAUCGGAAAAAUGUCACCUGAAGAGCUCGUAAACAUGGUGAAAAUGGCUUCCUCAUUCCAGAGUGAAAAUGGCUCCCCUUUUAAUGGGAACUUUGAACCUGGCUCUGUUCCUCCAAAUUUGUCACCUGAAAUGCUGAAAACGGCAGGUGAUAUGAUGGAUAAGAUGUCACCUGAAGAACUUCAAAGGAUGUUUGAGAUGGCUUCUUCCUUACAGCAGAAAUCGGUUUCUAGUUCUUCAACUUCAGAUUCACGUUCACGCUCAGCUUCAUCAAGUGGUAGAUUGAGUUCAGAGCCUGAGCCAAAGUUCACUGAAACUAGGGAUGUACCUGUUAAUGGAAAUAAUGUUGGUGAAUUUAGCAACUCUGCUCGUUCAUAUUCCAAUACUGCUAGUACAUCUCGUUCAAGCUUUCCUACAUCAAUGGGAGAUGUACAAGAACAGAUGAGAAAUCAAAUGAAGGAUCCUGCCAUGCGACAGAUGUUUUCAUCGAUGUUGAAAAACAUGAGCCCAGAUAUGAUGGCUAGUAUGAGUGAGCAAUUCGGACUCAAACUUUCAAAAGAAGAUGCUCCAAAAGUUCAAGAAGCCAUGGCUUCAUUGUCACCUGAAGCUUUAGAUAAAAUGAUGCGUUGGGCUGAUCGAUUGCAAAGAGGAGUAGAAGGGGCAAAAAAGACUAAGAACUGGCUUCUUGGAAGACCAGGAAUGAUUCUAGCAAUGUGUAUGCUCAUUCUGGCCAUCACUCUUCACUGGUUUGGCUUCAUUGGUAGGUAAAACCUCAGCACAGUGAGUCAUAAACUCAGCAUAGAACUGCUUGUUACCAUCACCAUCAAAGCACGCACUUAUGUCUUUAUUGGCAUGUAAAUACUCGGCAUAGUGAGGUAAAAUAGCUGCUUUAUAAUCGGUUAUUACAAUCACCAUCGAAGCAUGCACUUGAAAUAUGGUGUUCUUCAAACUUUUCAAGAGGUAUGUAAAUCUCUGGAGACUGUUGGUUCAACUUAUGUAUCUUAGCAGGUGUAAAGAAUUCUUUAAUUUUGUACUCCCUUUCCCUUGACGACUGUUCUUUGAAGAAAAACAAUGGGUCUUGUACUUGGACUCCUAAUCAAUUCAGCUUUAAAUUUGUAGUCAUCUAACUUUGAAUAAAUAGAUUAUAAUAAAACAAUUGUGUAUAAUACUAAUUUAUGUGAAGUUGUAGAUUUUUCUAAUCGAAGUUCACUUCUUUGACCGAA